CGCGAAGCAUAUUUGAAUCCUUUGGGUUUGUGUGGAAUAUCAUUGCUGCUUAUUUAUUAUCUGUGACAAGCAUUCAUCCACAUGCAGCCCAAGUGAAGAGCAGUCGCGCUUGAGCACACUGCGCGCCUCGGCUGGCUGACUGGCUGGCAGGCUGCAGCUCGGAUGGAGGCAGCAGCUCAGCCCGCACGGCUGACCGUCGUACCAGUCGGCCAGCUGGUUAAUAUGGAAUAUUUUCACAGAUUGAACAGCCAAAUCCGUUUGCACAGGCGGAAAAAUGCAGCCCUGUAGUAGUGCAAAUUAGAAAACCAGUUCAUUUCGCCGUUCUUUAUGGCUUCUGGCUCCGGAGAUGAAGAGGGGAACACGGAAGGCGCUUCGUGGAGGCUCAUAGGCCCGGCCACGGGGCUUUCCAAGAAGCGCUGCCGUCUAAUGUACUCCUCCCUCGGACACAGCUCUGAUGUCUGCCUCUUCUACGUGAAGGGGGAGUUUUUUGCCAUGGAUGCUCGCUGUGCACAUUCCGGCGGUCCUCUGUGUGAGGGGGACAUCGAGGAGGCUGAUGGGGUCCUGCAGGUCUUCUGCCCCUGGCACGACUAUGACUUCGACCUCAGAACUGGGAAGUCAGGGACCUCGUUACAGCAAAAGGUGUAUGAAGUCAAGCUGGAGGAUGGCAACGUGUACGUGAAACACGCCAGUCGUCUCUCCUUACAGCCGUUUCCUGCGGAUCAGAAGAGUUGAACAGCCUCAUCCUUCAGCCCUUCAUGAGAUCGCUGUAGCGAGCCCACCCGGGCUAUUUUUAAGACAUGUUCCACAAACCCAAGCCAUCUGAAACAUUCCUAAGCCUUAUCUGUCAUUUUCACAGACCGUUUCUACUUUGAUUGUUGUGAACUCAGGAUGAUAGAGAGGAUUGUCUCAAGAGGACAUGACAUCAUUAAAUUGUUUCAGAGUUUUUCUUGUUGGCAUUCCAGGUAGAGACUCAUCCCAGAUACUGAACAUGGAAAGCUCACUGCUGACCUUGAUAACACACCAGACAGUAGCAAAUAUGCAACAUAAAAAGACAAAUUUUGUCAUAUAGAACUAACCAGUAUAUUUUAUUAUUGACAGUAUGAAACUGAUUUGCCUAUUGAUAAUUUUCUAGACUUUGAAGGAUUCCUGAAGAAGAUAAUAUUGUUAGUAAGUGAGAUAUGUUUUUUCUUUACAUUCGAGAAGUCAAAUUUGCACUAACUAUUACAACCUUUGUUGAAACCCACUAUCUGCCAAAGUGGAUCUAAAAUAGUUUUUACUUGUUUCGGCAUAUAGAAGAUGCUUCCAAAUGUUAUCUCUAAUUUAAAUCCAACACGGUAAUUCGCAAAAAUCAAACCAUAAUUGCAAUGAGGGGAUAAAUUCAUGUGCAGGCAGAAAUGAAGCCUUUGUGUUUUUAAGUCAUGUUAAGUUAAAAGGAGUCAUUACAAUAUAUGCAAACUGCAGUGCAAAUCUAGUGCUUUGAAAAUGCAGUUCAAACGGACAAAAUGCACAAAAUUAAUAGCAUAGAUGAGUGAAAAAUGAAAUUAUUAUCAUCUGGAUUUUCUGGCAAAACAUGUGGAUUCUAACAAGUUGUGGUAUGUUUGUAAUUAUGAGGUCCAACCUGACGGCCAGUGUAUUGGAAUAAGCAACAUAUGUCACCUUUUAGUAGUACCUUUUAGAGCAUAAAUUAGUUUUUUAUAAUUCCUCUCAUUUUCAGUUAAGAAUUUGUAGUCAUGUAAUAGUGGAAGUGUAAUGAGUUCCUUUCAGUGUAUAGUAUUGAAGUAUUGAUUUAUGUUCAUUACCUAUAUUAUCAUUAUACUACCAAUAAUCCUCUUCCAUGUCUUAAGUGUUACCUGAGGCCUCAAAUUGUUAAAGUCACAGACAAGCAGUCAUACUAGUUGAGUUGUGGCCAAUGGAUAAAUUUAGACACAUAUUCCAGUGAUGUCAUGCAACAGAAACUCCCUUUCAGAAUAUGUAUUUCUGGACAGUUUUUUAACUCAGUGAGAGUUCCAGCAAGUAGAACACACAUGAAGGGCACUGCAAUUAUGUUUGGUGGUAGUCAGGGCAUUAAGAUGUCUCCAUCAGCAUUUCUCUCUAUUCCUGGCCUGUGCUUGGACAGGUUUGUCUGUUAAUGACGCAGUGGGACUCAAAAGAAACAGUUAGUGAGGCGCCGGAGGAAGGUUCAUGACCUGAAAUGCACCAUUGACUCAAGAAAAAUUUGUUUUUCUAGCUUUAUGUGUGUGUAUGCACUGAUGCAAGUGUGUUUUUUUUUUAUUCCUUAGUGGCGAGAGCAGUCACUCACUAUAUUUUGUGUCAGCUCUGUUUUCUGGCAGAGGCACAGAGACCAGUCAUGAAGGUGUGAGUGACAGUGUGGCUCAACACUCAUUUUCCUCCCUGCUGUGCCCCCUGUGGUGCAACUUUAUUACAAUAAUAAUUCCACUGCCUAAAAACGUCUGUAACUCAUCACCUGGAGGGAAAUGGGCAUACAUGCAGCUAUACUGUGUUGGUAGGAAAGUCAAAGUAAACAUUGUUCAGGAUUCUGCACAGGUCAGGAGCGGUUUCUUGUUUUCCUUACAUUUAUAUGUUCAGCUAAUUUAUUGCAUUUUGUUUUGUUAGUUUUGUGAAUUAUAUAUCUGGCCUAUAUGGUAUGUUAUAAAUGUAUUUAUUGUUGUGACUUAUGCAAAGUUGAACAUUUUAUUUGUAUUGUUUAAUUCAUAAAUUAAAUUAAUGGACACUAUGAGAUAUUAUAUAUGAUAGAGAAUAGACCAAAACACAUUUUUACACAACUAUACACAACUCGGAAAGGGUAUGAAUGAAAGUUUACACAAAA